GAUAAGUGUAUGCUCGCGUUUAGUUUAGUGAUAUAUUUAUAAGGAAAUGGACGUGCGGACGAUACUAACCGUCGUAGUUGCGUUGUGGGUGUGUGGUUGCGUCUCAGCACAAAAUGAACAAGUUGAGGCUACAAACACUACCAGCUCCAGUGAACCUGCCAAGGAAUGUCUAACCGCCAGAAACGUGAGCGGUGUGUGCGUGCAACGGAACAGUUGCGACUAUAGCACGGGAGCCAUUGAUCUCACACUAUACGCACCACAUAACUAUACCAGGCCCUGCGCGACAGCGGAGGUGUGCUGCCCGCAAGCCGCCAUUGUCCACGUGGAGCCCCCUAGCCACGUCACGUUCGACAGCGACGAAGAUGAUGAUGAUGAUGAUGAUGACUGACACUUCUGAGAUCAAAAUGUAUACGUCAUUAU